AUGAAUAUGGUCGAAUCUCUUGAACAGUUGUCUUCAGCCAGUGGGAAGAAAAAGAAACACAAAAAACAACAGUUCAACGACGGAAUGGUCGAUGCAGGUGACCCGCGCGACGUAAGGAAGCCAGCUCAUAACACAACAGGCUUGGUGGUGGCUGUGAUGUACAACCUUCUUAUUUUCAUGUAUGCGUAUUAUACGAAAAACUAUUUGGUGAUGAUGUUGGUAAUAGCAAUCUGGUUGGUGUAAGCACGGUCACGAAUGACAUCUGUUAAGAACGUGAAUAACCAUUGGAUGAAAGUGACUAUGAGACGAAUGGCGAACACACCCGCUCAUGCAACAGCUAGUUGAUCCUAUACCAUGACUGUGCAAACAUGGAGCAAUUGUCUGAAUUAAGUGGCAGACACUUUUGUAAAAAGGACUGUAUUUUACUCAAUAAAUAUAGGACAAUUAAUGACCAGUUAUUUGAAACCUUGGGUGAUAUGCAUGUAGGCACUGGUCAUAAUUUUAGAAUAAGCGUGAUAUCAUUGAAGAAGUAUUAUUAAGUAUAUUUAAAUAAGUGAGCUUUUUCUCCUCUAUCUGUCGCCUUACUAUACUGAUUCCGUUUUGUAUCAGAUGGCCCCAUUCAGUGCCUUAAUUUAAUUCAGUCUUUUACUGUUCUGAAAAUGUGCGAAUUUUUAAGAGAUCUCAUUUUUAAUACAUAAAGAAAACACACAGUUUGCAAGAAUCUUUUACUUGUGAAAGGUUUGAAUCCAGGAGUUAUUUCAUAAGUAGGUUGAGAAUGAUCGCCCGGGUGAACGAAGUCCUGAAUAAGACUGUUGUUGACAGUGACUGGAGUUUCGACAACCUGUGCCCGGUAGUCAUCUUCAGAGUCAAAGUGAGUUGUAUCACGUCAGGUGAUGGUAUUAAACGCUGGUUAUUGAUCGGAUUGGUCAAUUAAGUCAUGGUCAGUCAUGAUGUUAUUGGUCAUCGGUCUGUUAAGGCGUGAUGUUAUUGGCUAUGUAGACUCGUGAUGUCAUUGGUGCGCUUUGAUCCGAGUAUUGUCACAGUUAAACAGUCGUUUAUCGUUAGUCAAAUUUUCAGUUGUCCAGUCAUUCCCUCGUAGUUUGUUUGCUCAGUCCGUCAAUAAGUCGUUUGUACCGUGCAGGUAACUGUUGACUACGAUUCAGUGGCGUUUUUUCUAAGCCAGUAGUAAACCAGCUUUCUAAAGAGAAUCGUUGAUGGUAGUCUGUACAAUAUGUAAUACAUGUCGUAGAGUCCCAGUCGAUUUAAUGUUUCGUCUGCAAAUGGUGUUCAGCAAUGUGAUCUUUGACAUCACCAUUUCUUUUCGCUCGUUUGUGUUGAGUCAGUCGCGUGCUAACGUUUCCGUGCGUGUUUCACUGAUCUAAGUGGCCCGGCAGCCGCAGCAUUUGAUCUUGUAUACCGCUCCCUGUCUGUCCUCCGGUUUUUCUUUGUCCUUGACAUUAGUAAGUAGUCGUCGUAAAGUGUUUAUCGGUUUGUGUGCAACGCCCAUGUUGUUAGGCUUUAAUAGUAUAUGUGCGAUAGUUUCAUAGGUGCCUACGAAACUGGCCCUGUUACCACAGCGACUAUACUGUACAUCAGAGGCACCUCUGAAACUAUCGCACGUAUACUACAAACUAAUAACGAUAUAUCCCCCCCCCCCCAAAAAUUACAUAAGCAUUGUCCUCAAUUUCUCUAGGGACAACUGUAAUUCCCAGGAGGAAUUAAAAACAAAGGGUAUGCAUUUUUUGCGGGGAGGGGGGUGGAGGGAGAAGGGAAUAAGAUGUAUUAUGGGAGAUGUGCAAGCGGAUUAAGCCGAAUCAACUGAUCGGCAUAAUCAGUUGCUAAGCAGCGAGUAACCUUGUUUGACCACCUUUUUUAGAUUCAUUAAAAAUUAGUAACUAAGUCAACAAUAGUCAAGGUCUAAAUGAGAAAAAAUCCUUACAAAGUACAGCAUGAGUAAAAACAUCGCCAUGAUUAUAAAAUAAAAAAGCUAAAGAGACAAAUCAUAUCAUUUUAAUUUGUAGAAACAAAAUCAAGAGAUGAAAAAUGUGUGAAAAGCUCUAGCUUUUUAAAGUCAGCUUCUAAUAUUAAUGAACUGGAAUACUGAUUUUAAGACAUGUCUCAUUAUACAACUCUGAAUGCAAUCAGAUAAAUUGAUUCAGUUGUAGUUGACACGAUUUUACUGAGGCUUCAAUACGAAAACUAAGGACAUUUUAAGUGGCACAAAUAUUUAGUUUAUUUGUCAAUGAAAAGUUUAUGGAUAUUUUCCUCAUUCAUCUUUACUUUUUUGUACUUGCUUUAUAACUUAACCUUAAAAAAGAGAUUGAAUUUAAUUGGGCGUGACUAUUAAACUAGGAGCCAAUAUUUGCGAAUCAAAGAACACAUUUUAUGGUGAAACACUUUGUUCGGUAUCGUCAUUAAACCGUUAAUUGUGUAUUGUCUCUGCUCUGUGAAGCACACGCUCAUCUAAUACAUCUAAUAUGUUCGCGUUUUACUUUUGUCUUCUGCUGACUGCUGCUAAGUUGAACGCACAGCUAGGUAAGAAUGAAAGUUUUCAUUAAGUAAGGAGAAAAACAAACUGAGUCGUUUUCGUAGAAACUUGUAACUUUUGGUUGGCCGCUUCGAAACGGCCACCUACGCUUGAUACUGAGGUCCGUUUUACAAACGUUUGGGACUUGAAGAGGGUUGCAUGUUAAUGUGGAGUGUCAAACUAAUAUGGUUUCACGCCCUUGAGAAUUACGAUCAAUCGCUCAAUAAUUACCGAGUGAUAACAGUUGAAUAUGUACAAUGUAAUUCAUACUACUUUAACUGUAACUGCUACGCCUGAGACUGCGCGACCGAUUUCAAAAUUCGAGACCGAGACUUACGAUGCGUUUUUAUCAAUUUUGAGCCCAAGACUCUAAGCGCCGAAAAUUUCGAGAUAAUGGUACAAAUAAAACUAAAGAAAAUGACCGAAAAUGCCGAUGGAAGACUGUCUUAAUAAUCUGCUAGCUCAGUUCAAUAAGCUCUACCCAUGAUAUCUGAAAAAGUCGACUUCUGAAGACCAAACGGAAAGAAAAAACGACAAAUUCGAGACUCCUCCCGGCAUUAAAAAAAAAUCAAGGCUCCGAGACUCAAAAAUCACCCGAAAACGAGACUUCGAGACACAUCAAAAACGCUUACGAGAUUUCGAGAUCGGGCCAAAAUUUUGCGAGACCAACGUUUUUUGAGGUACCAUUCUAUACUCCUAUAAUGUGAUCACUGGAUAUGUAAUUCAUACUACUUUACCUGCAACUACUAUACAACUGCGUAACUACUGUUGCUUCUCGUAACAGUUACAUUUUUAGCUCUGUAACAGUUAUUUAAGUUACUUUUGCGCCAAAAACGAAAUCACGCAGUAAACAUUUAAGUUUAUGUGGCACAGCUUUAACGUCUUUUGCCUGGUCGCAUUUUAUCCCUCGCUACAAACGGAGUUGCUCCUCGACCGUUUGCUAUUAUUCUAGCUAUCAGAUCACUUGAGAAUAUAAUCCGUUGACUUAAGUUUACAGCCAUGCACCUUCCAAAGGUUCGAGGAAGGGAGGAAGCGCAGUCAAGCUUGGUUUUUUUACAUCGACUUCUACAUGCCUAUGUAGCAGAUGAAACAAUUUGCUCUGUUAUCAAUUUUAGCAAUGACUAUAGCUCUUAAAAAAUUAAGAAGAAUUCCCGGAGCAGUUUUCUUUUAAUUUAGUAUACGUAUUUCUAAUAAUGCCUUAAUUUUCAUACAAAUUAGUUUGUUCGUGUCUUCUUUUAACAAGACGACGAUUUGUUUGCAAAGCUGCUUGACAUGAUAAAUGAUAAACGAUGAAGAAAAAUGAAUGAAAUUUUACGUUGAAAAACACGUAAGCUAAAGGAAGCCUUUAAAAAUCGCUAUAUGUUUCCUCAAAAUCUCUAAGUCCUCUAAGGCAUCCUACUGAUGAACAGUUGGGACACGUAGAUAUAUUUUUUAGCAACUACUAUAAUUUGCAGUCUGUCUACUUUGAAUUUUUAUCAUGGCUAAACAGAUUCUAAAACGAAGUUAUCUGAAAACACCCCCGACAUUAUAAGGCCAUCCCCUUUUUUUUCUCUCCUUUUAGCGUCGUCCGAACGACCGACCCAAGUUUUUGGCAAUUUCAAAAAAAAAAAAACUGAAGUAACGACGUAGUUCAAUCAUUUUUCACUUGAAAUAAUUCUUUUAAUCUGAAAAAUGAGCAUAGUAACAGCAUAGAGAAAAACAGGAACAAAAACAUGAACAUUUUUUACAGUAUACCCCCGACAUUAUAAGGCCAUCUCCUUUUUUUUCUCCUUUUAGCGUUGUACGACCGACCCAAAUUUUUGGCAAUGUCAAAAAAAAACAAAACUGAAGUAACGACGUAGUUCAAUCAUUUUUCACUUGAAAUAAUUCUUUUAUUCUGAAAAAUGAGCAUAGUAACAGCAUAGAGAAAAACAGGAACAAAAACCUGAACAUUUUUUACAGUAUACUGUGCAUUUUGUUAAUCCAAAUAUAUGUGAAUGUUAAGUUUGACGUCGUCCUGGGGUACCAGUGCCUCUUAGGCCCAGUUCAGACGUCGUGCUUCUGCCGUGCCGAACUAAAUUCAGGAAUUAAGUUCGACAAAAGCACGGCAGAAGCACGGCGUCUGAAUCAAACUUUUGAAUUAAGUUCGGCAAGCAAUUAAGUUCGACAAAAGAAGAGUUAAGAGGCAUCAGUAAAUCCUGAAUUUGGUUCGACUCUGGCACGACGCCUGAAUUAAAGUUGUUUUCCUGCCGUACUACAGUCGAACCGAAUUACAAUUAAGUUCGACCCGGCAGAGGCACGACGUCUGAACUGGGCCUUAUUCCGCGACUUCUUGUGAUUUUUUUUUUUUUUUUUUUCAAUCCGACCGACCGACCCAACAUCAGGAAACGGAUUCGACGCUAAACGAAAAAAAAAAAGUAGGAUGGCCUAAACAAUAUGGUGCGAAGUCUUUUAGAAUUCAAUUCCGAAUAAAUUGCCAACAAGACUAAUUGAAGUGAAGGAGACGAAAUACUGAGCGCCAUAAAUUCCAAAACAGCGCGACUUCAUUUUAUACGUGACGUUUUCGUAGCCGUCGUUGUUGCUUACGCUCCUAAAGAGAGGCGAGAGGCCAAGCUGCGUCUGCGUCUGUUUCUCUCAACCUCAGACUAUUCCUGGGAAGUUAUUGGAGUUUUUUUUUUUAUUUUCGUAGGCCGCGUUCAAAGUUAGACUUCGUUUGAAUAGGCCUUCUCUUCAGUAAUUUAAUUUUGCAAAAUACUGGGGAAAAAUGGAAGCAUGGAUUAUAUCAGUUUUGAUAAGUUGUUACAAUAUAUAGAGGAUAUUACACGGUGGAGCGAAGAUAUGAAUUUUAUUUUCGAGUGGCAAAACAAUAUUUUACGAACGAGCGCAAUGUUCUUUUUAUUAUAUAGACAAAAUGACAUCGAUAAAAUAAUAGAGGGAAAUUACCAAAAUUACGUCAUCGAUAAACUCACGUGUGAGAUUAUGGAAAAUAAACCACUCGGGUCCCGGAUGUAGUUUUUAUGAAAUUUACGAGUGGUAUAUUUUCCAGUAAAACACUCGUGUCUAUAUAAUAAAAUCCUAUAAGCUGUCUUAUUGCAAGUAUCAUGGCUUCACAAACGCUUUUAGGGCUUAAGGGACCGACUUCAGGCAGGGCAGCGUAUUUGAGGACCGAUCCGAGUCUUAGAUUAAGAUUCCGCGGGAAACUAAUAAGUAAUAUUUAUUGCUUCAUUUUAUUCCGAACAGAUCCUGGCUGUCAAGAUAUAUUUGGUACGUAAGUUAAAGAGAGAUUUUUCCUAAGAAUUCGUCUACAUCCUUUUGUUAAGUUUGUUCAGUGUAUAGUGGAACAUCUCCACGGGCAAUUAAAAGGCUCAGGAGUGGAGCUCUCUUACAUAUUCGUUAACCCUUCAGCUGACCCUUUAAGCCCCAAUAGUGACCCACAUACAAUUUCUCCCAACAAUAACACUGCCUGUUUAAACAGACAGGUCAUGAGAAUGAAUGAAAUGAUCACCAAAGAUGAAAUGUUGUAAUGUUAGAACAAAUUCUCUCCAGUAGUACCAUAAGGAAUGUAUGAAGAACAGUGUGGAGAAGAUGCAUAUUGAUGCUGGGGCUUAAAGGGUUAAUGUGAUUAUGAGGCGUCAAUGGGUUUAGUGGCUGCUUAUAUGGUGGGCCGGAGUGAGAUCCUAGAAUGCGGAACAACUUUUCAUUGGGUUUACAUGCAGAACUUUUUGUCCGUGAGGUUAACAGUAGAGAAGGAAUCAAAGAUAAAACAUAGCCCACUGAACGACCCGCCGCCAUUUUUGUACGGUUUGUUCCUGGACUGGGAUCUUCCAUGCGAAAGCAGUUUACAUGGUGCUAGGAUCUUCCUACCUUUCAGCUAGAAAGAUCCUGGCGCUAGGCAAAAGUACAUCUAUUUGCAUAUAAACUGAACACAGAAAACAUAUGGCGCUAAGAUGGUCCGUACGAAUUCUAGGGUCUUCCUGGUGCCUUCAUGUAAACAGCCCCUUAACCUGCGUGGCAGACGUUAAAAGGGGACGGGGAAGGGCGCGCCCAAUUUACCCGUCCUUCUACCCCUCCUAACGCCACUAGCACGCAGGCCCAGCGCUAAUUCCUUCCCACGUUAAUAAAUUAAAAGGACGCAGACAAAGCUCCCCGCCCGACCCCUCCCCCCAAUGACUAGGUUUCACUUAUACGCUGCGGUAGUACUCGCCAUGUCCUCACCACAUUGGGAGGUAUUUUUGAGCCAUGGUUUGAAAUUGUGCAUUGCCUAAGUCUCGAACCCAAUUAUCGCUUGUUACUAGACAAGUCAAACAAGUAGUAAUGUUUCGUUUACUUUGUUUUAUCAAGUUCCAGAUCCUGUUGCCCUUUUCCCUCUUAAUUCCGCUUCUAGUACCAAGGAAAUCAACAACAGGGUAGCCGCAGGGGUCGCCAGUAGUGGAGUUACUUUCGGUGCUGGACCCGACGGAGUCGCUGAAGGUUCCUACGAAUUUGCCGGAAAUGCCAACAGCUAUAUCGAAUUUCCUAACAGCGCCGGGGGACCGUUAGACGUUCGUUACUCCAUGACAAUGCUUUGUUGGGUGUACCACAAUGGCCAAGACGGACCUCUCUUCAAUUACAGGACAGGCGGACCCUGGGGAGUGCACUUAUGGGUGGUGGCCGGCCAACUGUUUGUUCGUUUCACAAGACGUGAUUAUUCAUUCACCAACGCCCUAAUACACACCGCUUUAGCGGGUGGAUGGAAAUUUGUUGGUGCAUCGUACGACCGUGGUACAGGUGAUGCAAAACUGUGGGUCAAUGGAGCCGUGGUUCAGACUCUGAACAUUGGAGCAGGACUGGACCUAGCCACACAGGACAGCAUCAGGAUGGGAGUGAAGACUGGUGAUGGAAGGUACUUUAAAGGAAGAAUCGCUCAGAUGCAGAUAUACAACGAAGCCUUAACGCAGGAGCAAAUACAAGAGAUACAAGGACGAACUCAAGUUGUCGGUUAGUAUGUGCCAGGAAAAUAAUUCUUCCGUGGAAGCAUGUGUUCUUCGGUGACCAAAUUAGUUAUUUUGUGAUUAAGUAGCUUGCAGAUUGCUCGUUAAAAGACUUUGAGCUGUAUUCCGGAUUCCAGAGCUCAGGAUCCCCGAAUUCCACAAGCGAAUAUUUCUCUGAUUCCGGAAUCCGGAUUCCCCUACAUGGGGCGACCUGUUCAAUUUGUAGUCCGUGCAAAAAGAACAAGAGAGACCCAAUGAGCUGUUCAGGACUUGCUCGUUUCAAAACGCUUUCGGAACAUUAGUUAGGCCACAAAGCUUGCAAAAUUGUUUCAGAUAUCUCGUUCUAUCAGGCGUUCGCGGUGGUUUACCACUUUUUCAAUGUUCUUCUCUUGAUCUAGCAUCCCUCUGCCAGAGAGCCCCGGAGGGCUAGCUCACAAGCUACGCUUAAGGGUACACCCUUCGGUGGCACCUCGUGUCAAUUUAGCCCUUUACGUCCCUAGAGUUAACCUGAAUUUCAUCCGAUUACUUCGAGUCGUUAUUACUCCCUCAGCAACGUCGUUACUGAGGGAGUAAUAACGACUCGAAGUAAUCGGAUGAAAUUCAUGCUACCCUAGAGUUACCAACAUCAAUUUUCUCCUAACAAGUUAAAUGCCAUGUCAUGAAUUUUAAAAUGAAUUAAUCAAUGCAUUAUGAAGACUAACUAAUCCAUUAAGGAAAUGUAUGGAGAUCAGUCUGGAGAAUUUAUUGUAUGAUGACGGUGGUGCUUAAGAGAUUAACCUUUUAACUGCCAAUAGUGACCACGAUCAAUUUUCUCCUAACAAUAUCCACACACUGUCAACAGAUAAGUUAUUAGAAUUAAUAAAGUGAUCACCCAGGCAAAAAUGCCUUGAUCUUUUAUCAAAUUCUGUCAACUCAUUCUUUAAGGAAAUGCAUGGAGAUCAGUUUGGAGAAUUUGUAUGUGGAUACUGGGGCUUAAAGGGUUAAAGAACAGUGGUAGGCUGGUCACACGGGAGCCCUUAUACGGUAAAAGAGGCAAUCCACAUCACAUUCAAGAUUUGACCUUAAAAGUAACACCAUGGACCGUGAAAUAAAGAUUCACUUCACUCAAAAUUGCCUUUUUUUGGACAAACUCGCUCUCUGAUCAAGCAAAAAUACUAUUGCGGUAUUAAGUAUCUAUCAAAAAAAAGUCUGCGCCUCGCACAGAGUCAAAGAACGUGACAAGAAGGCCCGGUGGGCAAGUAGAGUGUGUGAUGACGAGCAUAAUAGUUACUUGUUUUCACUUCAGACUUUAUGGAAGAUAACUAAUGAGUCUUUGUUUUCUCUUUUCUUUCCGCAGCAUAAGCUGGAAGAAAAUAUUGAGGGAGCUAAAAGGCAUUGAAGAGCUGUUCAUCCUUACAAACAAUGAAAUAAAAUUGUGCAGUAAACCUUUCUUUUGUCUCUUUGUUUUAUACUCACAAUUUAGGAAAUUGAUUAUAUAACUAAGGUUCACAAUAUCCGUAAAGUUUUAAGUUGUGUUAUUCCUUGCGCUCGCGUAAUUAACCUUUGGCUACGGAUCGGGUUCCACUCAUUUCGGGACAAUUUGGAACGAUGCAGAUAAUGCAUUUCUGAACUGACUUAGCUUUCGGUUUAAGUGACUAAGUUUUUGAGAUACGAAUUGAGGAAGGAUUGAUCUUUGUACAUACACCUCAAUAGCAAAGUCUGACCAAUUCUGCCAGACAUUUUGGGAAAAAUCCACUGCCAAUUUCGCCGCCACCAGAUCUACUAUCCUUUCCAGAUAAAAUUCCUGUCUUUUCCAGGAUCGGAAAGUUAGCCCAACAAAAUUCCGCGGGAAAGAAAGAAGAUAAAGUGGCCAACAAAAGUAGAUAUAGAAAUGUACGGAAAGGGAAAGUAUGAGAGCGAGAAAGAAGGAUCGAAAUAGAUUCGAAAAAAUGAAAACAAGUCCAAAUUUUGGCUAAAGCGCCUGCGCUGAAAACAAAACGAAGCUUAAUUGAAUGUAAUUCAGCAGGGAAACUUUUAAAAGGCAUUGAAAAUCCCAUUUUUUGGCCAUUUCUUUGAUAACAGUGGGAAACCUGGCCCAAAAAGGAUACCGAACUACCGGCUACCGGCUUAUAUUUUUCAAAGGCCCUUUUGGAGGGGCUUAUUUUGGAGGGGCUUAUAUACGUAGGGGCUCAUCUACGGAGGGAAAUUUGCGUUUCAAAAUCCAUUGGGCUAGCCUUAAAGUAGGAAAAACAUUUUCCAUUUUUUCUUUGUUUUACUUUGUAUUUGCAGGCAAUUUUCCAAGCACAAGCCCCCGGGGGGCUUAUAUUUCGAGAGGCGAUUUAACGGAGGGUUUUUUGCGUUACCGGUUUUGGAGGGGCUUAUACAUGGAGGGGCUUAUUUUCGGAAUUUUACAGUAGGUUGGCGAUUUUUUUUUUCGUUAAGGGCCCUAAAAAGACUUGCAGUCGAAACUCUACUAACGGCCAUCUCUCCACAACGGCCACUUUAUUUUGUCCCAGCGGACAGUCCAUACAUUGACUCUUAUUUAAACCUCUCCAAAACGGCCACCUCUCUACAACAGCAACGGCCACUAACGCAUGUCCCCAACUGCCAAAAUAACCUCUCGACAACGGCCAGUUUUUUUCAGCGCCUGAUGAACAAGUUAAGAAUGGUCACGAAUUGGCACGUUUAUGAUCAAUCGCGGCAAUAGUUAUUUUAUACUGCUGCAGAAACUAAAAAUUUUAGUAUGCAAGAAUCUGAUCAUAGUGAUGAUGAUGAUAAUGAUGAUGAUGAUGAUAACUGUAAACACGACGUUGACAGUUCGCGAUGAGUAGACACUAAACACAACGACCUUGAGAACAAAGUGAAUUUUGUUUUUUGGAGGCUACUACCAUGCGAUAUCGCAAUUGUCACUCAGCUGAGAAUAACCUUGUUUAACCACCUGUUUAAAGAUUCAUUAAAAAUCUGGAAACAAGUCAAGAAAUGCUGAGAAAAAAGUUAACAUCAAAGCGACAGUAGCAAACAGUUGACAGGAUAAUACACACGAAGUGACAAAACUUAUUGCUUUAAUAUUGAAUUAAACAAAAAAAACAAAACAAAACGAAGGAACUUUUAAUUAGAACAGAGAUUUAAAUUUUUCUGUCCUGGCGUUGUAACUUUGGAGCAAGACAAAAAUCGAUUAAAACUCACAACUUAAUUUAGUGGGCGUGACCGACGAACUAGAACGUGAUGUUUCCAAAAUGAUAAUGAAAAUGUUUUCUCACGAAACUGUUAGUUCAGUCUACUCAUUAGACUGUUAAUUGCGCAUCGUUUUUGGUUUGUGCAGCACUCACCCAUCUACCAUGUUCGCAUUUUACUCGAUCUGUCUUUUGCUGACUGCUACUGAGCUGAAAGCAAACCUGCUGGGUAAGUAUGAAAAUUUUCACGUUUUUAUUAAUUGAUUUUGUAACAUUUAAAGACUUUAAGACAAUCUAAAACCAACAUCUCAAUUAAAAAGAAAGCACCGAAGGUUUUGUAAGAUUAAACAUCAACUUUUAAGCUUUUUUAACUUGGUAAAUUCUUAAAUUUUGUCUCUCAAAGCAAAUGGUACUCUGCUCUCUUCCUCCCGGUUUAAGGGAAAGUUUAGCUAAUCAUUUUCGAUGAAGAGGCUUAACACCCUAUGCAGAUCGACUACUUGACGUGAUAUUAAAACUGUGAUUUUGGUACCUUUCUUAUUCUUACAGUUAAAAUUAUAUUCAGAAGCCAAGUCUUUGUAGUUUUGAUUUUGCUCCCCUAGCUUUGUGUUAACCAGAUGACCUAAGCUAAAUGUGCAAAAUUAGAUAUUAUAGAAAAGCCAUUUUGCAAAAGCAAUUAUGUCGAAGGUUUCAUGCUAAUCAGUCUGUCGUUGGCAAUCAGAGAAUACUUAUGUCAGCAUUUGUUUGCACUAAGCGUCUGGUGUAAAAUGGGUGUAGCACUGAAUUAGAGUGAUAACUGUAAUAACACAAGAGAGUGAAAAAGAGGAGCCAACUCCGGCAAACAAAGAACAACAGAGUGAGCCAAAUACUAGUCCCGUCUAAUAAAAGAUUACAAUUUUAAUUAUACAUGCACACGAACUGAAUUAAAGUGGGGAAAUGUCUUUUGGCCAUUUUUCAUAAAAGGUUUCUAAUUUAUUAUUCUUAGUGGAAAUAGAUUUUUCAACUUGGUAUUUAAUUCUUACUUUAAAUUUGUAGCCUUCGAUGUUUGGAAGUACCUGUUUCUUUCUGCAAUCCCACUAUUUACUUGUUUUAUGAUUUUACUUGGAGGUGAAAGAACCGAAGAUAUCAAAACUAGUUUUGGAAUAAGUAAUGAUUUGAUUAUAGUUACUUUACCACAAAUGGACAGUCCUCUAGAUGACCAUAUAGUUGUCAGCUUCUUUAUGCUGUCAACCUUCUCUUGAAAGUUUUUUUCGUAAAGUAAUGAUUGGUCAUAUGUAAAAAAGGUUCCUAAAGCUUUUAUGGGUUCACUGGGCCAUUUAAGACCAAACGGUUUUUCAUCUUUUCUUUUAAGCGAACCAAUCCAUAUUCCUUCUGUUUUCGAGCUAUUUAUCUCCAACCCACUGAAGUUCUUAAAUGCUUCUAGUUCUUCAAAUAACGUUUUUGCAGAAUUCUCAUCAGACAGGACUGCUGUGGUAUCGUCUGCGUAUUGCAAUAGCUUGGCUUCGUGAUUUUCUAUUUUAAUUCCUUUGAUAUCAACAUUUUGACGAAUGGAGAUUGCCAAGCUUUCAACAGCUAAGAUAAAGAGGUAGGGGGACAAGGGAUCACCCUGCCUCACACCACGUUCUAAAGUAAAAUAUUCUGAUGCCAUCCAUUAUUUAUUACACAAUUUAUAAAAUUGGGGCCAAAAUUAAAAGCCUGGAGGCAACUGAAAAGAUAAUGCCAUUCUAAGGAGUCGAAAGCCUUUUUAAAGUCAAUGAAAAUCAAGAUACCUGGAAUAUUCUUUCUGUCUGUAAAUGCCAUUAAACUCCGGGAGAGAGGCGUUGCGUGACGAGAGAGAAAGGGGCCAGAACUGGACUAGUCAAAUACAAGCAGUUGUCUUUUGUUGAAGAAGGUCCUGCAAGGUUAGGUGAUCAGUUACCCCGAAACCUCGUCAAAUGAUCCCACAUUUCAGGAUCUCAUCACGAGAUCAAAAAUAAGUACCGCAUUAAACAGCAAUAUCAGCUUUUACAGAUUACCUUUAUCCACAGUACCAAAGGAGUGGCGACUUUUAGUACCAUGAUUUUAUUUACGGACUCAGCUCAUGACGAAGACUGAGAGAAAUAAAAUGCGUUACCCAGAGUAAUAGACAAAUUUUAGGCAAGGCUAAAGGCGAAGCUCCCGUUAAUAAAUUUAUAAUUUACAUCAAACAUAAACUUGUAACCACUGCAAAGAAAUCUACUUAAAGUUGAGCCUGCGAUCAAUUGAAAACGAGUAACUUGUCAGCGGAGGACUUCAAAAAACACACGUAACCUCGAUGGGUCGACACCUGGGCUCGCAAUACGCUCAUGUCAUACUAGCCAGCGGAUACACUGAUUUAACAGCUGUCAGUUGACCACAACAUGGAUGUGCAAUAUCAUUUUGCAGGCCGCCACAAGUGAAAAGGAGAUGAAGAGGUGAACUUUAUAUCUAGUUCAUCUCCAAAACUUAAAGAAAAGUACAGUAACAAUAACAAUGAACAUAUAUUAUUGCACAUGAAUCAAAAGAACAACUCUAAAUUCGUUGAAGAUCGGUGAAAUGUCUCUCAUGAUUCUCUCAAGAUGGCAUGUUCUUUGUCGGUAGGCUCAUUCGGCAAAAAAGAAGCACUUUUCUACGUAUAAUCAUCCUCAUGUUCUUCGCAUAUGCUCUAAUUAUAGAGAGAUGACAGGCUACUAUGUGACAGUAAAGUGUCAGGCAAAACCCACAACUAUAUUGCGUGGAAAGUGUUUGCAACUUUGCAGGGACUGGAUUCUACUUAAUGUCGCUUUGCAAAUAACAUAAUCGGGCUGUUAGCACUUAUUCCAUUGAGAAAAUAAAUAUGUAUAAAAUAAAAUAUAAAUAAUUUAUCAAAUUUACAUUCUGUUUAAAAAUACAAAAAAUAGUCUGCCGCCAGACAUGUCUAGAUAAUUCAACAUUCGGCUGAAACACUGGCAAAAUAACGUCUGACUCUAUUCUUAAAAAAUGUUCAAAUUUUCCGCCUCAACGAUUUCCUUAGGUAAGUUAUUCCAUUAAUCAAUUAUGCGACUAAAAAACGAAUGUUUGAAACUAUUUAAAGUCGCAGACACUACAGACACAAACUUACGUUUAAAACAGUGGUUAAGGCUUGAAAAUCGCGUCCAAACGUAAAAAAAUAUGAAGGAUCUAGUCCAUUUAGACGGUAUAUUGUCUUAUAACACUCAGCAAGCGAAGAAAAUAAUCUUCUUUGUUGAAGGGUUGGCCAUUUUUGGACCUUUAGGCGUUCUUCGUAGGACAUGUCUCGCCCAAAGUUUCCAAGGGCACAUUUGGAUGCUCUAUGUUGUAAUUUCUAUGUUUAAGUCCCUGUUUGGUGCUGGCACCAUACUGGAGAGCAGUACUCGAGUAUUGGAAGUACUAGGCGCUUGUAAAGUUUCGAAAACAACUCAGACAUUUCACACUAGCUAGAAACAUUUCACAUUGAUUUUCCUGUGGUGCGGACGGACGAGCGGACGUACGGUCACGUGAUUACCAAAGUUUCUCAGAUGGAUCGAUUAACAAAUUUUCUUAGCUAUGGGGCUCCGCUAAUAUUUUUGGACAAAUUACUUUGAAAUGAGCAUGGACUGAGACCCAACCCGAAUAACGGUUGUAAAUAAGCAAGUCAAACUGGUAGUAAUGGUUUCUUUCUCUUUGUUUUUUUAAGUUCCAUAUCCUGUUGCACUGUUUCCUCUCAAUGCCGCCUAUGGUACCAAUGAAAUCAACAACAGGGUAACCAAUGUGGUCCCUAGUGGAGUUAAUUUAGCUCCCGGACCCAACGGGGAAAAGGACGGCUCCUACGAAUUUUCUGGAACUUCCUAUAGCUAUAUCGAGAUUCCUAACAGCGCCGAGGGACCGUUGGACGUUCUUCACUCCAUGACGAUGCUUUGUUGGGUGUACCACAAUGGCCAAGACGGGCCUCUCUUCAAUUACAAGACCGGCGGGCCCUGGGGAGUACAUCUUUGGGUUGUGGCCGGCAAACUUUUUGUUCGUUUCACAAAACGUGAUUUCUCAUUCACUACCGCCCUUCAGCACACCGCUCUAGCGGGUGGAUGGAAGUUUGUUGGCGCAUCGUACGACCGUGUUACCGGUAAUGCAAAACUGUGGGUGAAUGGAGCCGUGGUUCAGACUCUGAACAUUGGAGCAGGACUGAACCUAGCCACUCAGAACAGCAUCAGAAUGGGAGCAAAGAUUGGUGAUGGGAGGUACUUUAAGGGAAGGAUCGCUCAGAUGCAGGUAUACGACAAGGCCUUAAAUCAGGAGGAAAUGUUUGCGAUACAGGAAUUCUCCCGUCGAGUUGUAGGUGAGUAUGUGACCAACUGGAAAAAACGUUCCACAGAAGUAUUUUGUGAUUUAGGUAAUUUGCAAAAUU